AUGACUGUGCCAGACCUUCCUCAGCUCCAGCACCAGCCUCCCCCUCAGAAGAAGUGGCCCCCUAUAGGCCCUAGUGAGUGGAACAGCUUCUUCAAUGAGCAAGGUGAGCUGCAGGAUUCUCAAAGGACUGUCAUGCAUGAGAUCUUCACCAAGGGGCUCCAUCCAUCAGUCAGGACUGCAGGCUGGGAGUUUCUGAUGAACUUUCACCCCUGGAAAUUUUAUAAAGCUCUGAAUGAGACCGUGGUCCAGAAUCCACAGGUGAUGACAAACAAAGAAGUUGUUUUAACUAGGAACAACAUCAACACCGAUGUGAUCCGCACCUUUGUGGGACCUGGCAAGCCUCUUUGUCAGAAGAAGAGGAUUGAGCUCCAGAGAGUUCUUAUUGCCACGUAUAUCUAUGACCGUGUAGCAGGUUACCAGCAGGGCCUCCAUGAGAUGGGGAUGGUUCUGCAGAGUGUGAUGAAGACAGAAUGCAAUGUCUUCUGGGCGCUGCGGUCCUUGCUGCAGAAGACUGAUUACACGUCCAUCAUUGACGUAGGAGUUAUGAAGAGCAUUAAGUUAUUGGAGAAGCUAAUCAUGUUCUUGGAUCCCAAAUUUCAUACUUUUCUGUAUGCAAACUGUAAAGGUGACUUAUUCUUCCUGUACAACUGGUUCGUUCUGUUGUUCAUCCGGCAGAUGAAGAACAACACUGAAGUCCUGCGACUUUGGGAGGUGCUGAUGACCAGGAAGCCAUGCCCACGCUUCCAUGUAUUCAUCGCACUGGCCAUUCUGCAGAACAGGAGGAAGCACAUCCUCUCCCUGCCACAGGACGAGAGCUCCAUCAUCACCCAGGUACCCAGCACGCUUAAUCCUCAUGAGGACACAUUAGAAAACUGA